UUGGCCCCAGGAUAGAUCCUCAGAGAUGUUGAAACCACAGAACUUGAAAUUACUCACUCUCUCCAAUACUGAUCCCUCUAUGAGGACUGGUUCGUGUUCCCUUAUCUUACUCUUCAGUCUGUUGGUCCUACUGACGAUGAGUGCAACGUUAUUGCUGCCACAGCAUUCAACUAGCUGCUGUAUCUCGCUCCUGUAUGACGUCUCAUCACAAUUUGAAACUACGGCAACAACUAUUGUCAUCUGUAAACUUGCUGAUGACACGUUUGAGCUGUGCCCAGCUACACAGUCAUUGGUGUAGAGAGGGUAGAGCAAUCUUAAGGUGUGCCGGUGUUGUCAGCGAGGUGAAGAUGUUAUUUCCAAUCCGCACGGAUUGUGGUCUUCAGGAGAUGAAGACGUCUCUGGGCGCGAUCCACUGGAACCGGGAUGCUGAGAACACACCAGCAUUUAUUGAUCUGUUCAGUCUGCGGGAAGUGGUUCAUCCAAGCUGAUGAUACGUCAGGAAACCCAGAGCAGUGAAGGGUCGAUCACUUGCUGUUUGUGUAGGAAGGGAUUCACUCACUCAGCCGACCCGCAGAGACACCAGUGGGCUGUCAGGGGAGAGAGACUGUUCAAUUGUUCCAUGUGUGGGAACAGAUUCACUCGGUGACCUGAUCUGACACACGAGUGAGUUCUCCCUGCAGAGAGGCUGUUCACCUGCUCAGGCUGUGGGAAGGGAUUCACCCCAACUACAGACACCAGCGGGUACACACAAGAGAGGGGCAAUUCACCAACUCAGACUGUGGAAUCGCUCAGUCAUCCCACCUGUAGACAUAACUGUCAAUUCACACCGGGGAGAUGAUGUUCUCCUGCUCAGAGUGUGGGAAAGGAUUCCCUCGAUCAUCUGACCUACUGGCACACUGGUCAGUUCACACUGGGGAGAGGCCGUUCACCUGCUCAGACUGUGGGAAAGGGUUCAGUCAGUUAUCUCAACUGAAGGUACAUCAGCGAGUUCACACGGGGGAGAGGCCGUUUACCUGCUCAGACUGCGGGAAGGGGUUCAGUCGAUCAUCUAACCUACUGGCCCACUUGCGAGUUCACACUGGGGAGAGGCCGUUCACUUGCUCAGAAUGUGGGAAGGGGUUCAGUCAGUUAUCUAAUUUACUGGCACACCAGCGCGUUCACACUGGGGAGAGGCCGUUUACCUGCUCAGACUGUGGGAAGGGCUUCAGUCACUCAGCCCAUCUGAAGCAACAUCAGCGAAUUCACACUGGGGAGAGGCCGUUCACUUGCUCGGACUGCGGGAAGAGGUUCAGUCGAUCGUCAGACCUGAAGCAACACCUGCGAGUUCACACUGGGGAGAGGCCGUUCACCUGCUCACAUUGUGGAAAGGGAUUCUCUCAGUCAUGCAACCUUGUAUCGCACUAUCAAGUUCACACUGGGGAGCGGCCGUUCACCUGCUCUGAAUGUGGGAAGGGAUUCUGCCACUCAUCUUACCUGAAGAAACACCAGCGAGUUCACACUGGGGAGAGGCCAUUCACCUGCUCAGAGUGUGGGAAGAGAUUCACUCAGUCAUCUCAAUUGAAGGUUCAUCAACGAGUUCACACUGGGGAGAGGCCAUUUGCCUGCUCAGACUGUGGGAAAGGAUUCACUCAGUUAUCAAACUUACUGGCCCACCAGCGAGUUCACACUGGGGAGAAACCUUUCACCUGCUCACAUUGUGGGAAGGGAUUCACUCAGUUAUCUAACUUGUUGGCACACCAGCGAGUUCACACUGGGGAGAAACCAUUCACCUGCUCAGAGUGUGGGAAGGGGUUCAAUCAUUCAGCCAGCCUCCAGAAGCACUAUGGAGUUCACAAUGGGGGAAAAGUUUAAUAAGCUGCCUGGUGGAUAUUGAACCAGUACAGUUGCAGAAUCCAGAGGCAAGUUCACAAGUGACUGUUGUUGUCGAACUCUGCAAUUACUGCUGCUGUUCGUCAAACACAGGUCUGCGCCCUGGUCACUGGGGAUGGGAGGAGUUUCUGCCGAUGUUCACAUUUAAUGGGACUGGAGUUUCUGUGAUAAAU